ACUAGCAGUGUUAUAUCCCAAUUGUCUUUCUAAAUUGUCAUUUGCCGUUUACCAACCACAUAAAUUACAGAAAAAGCGUAGUUUUGCUGUUUAGGAAUUCUUGAUCUCUGAUCGCGGUCGGAAGAAGCAGCCCAUUGCUGGUGUGCUUGUUGACUGGGGCAACUUUCAAAAGAACUGCGUAUUCAAAUUCUUACGAAAAGGAACCGUCAUCUAUGAGGGUAGUAUAGAAUCGAUGAAGCAUGAAGCAGAAAUGGUCGCAAAUGCUACAACGAACACAGAGGUUGGAAUCGCAAUCGAAGACAAAAGCAUACGAUUCAAGGAAGACGACACGGUGGAAGUGUACAAUAAAAAGCAAGUGCCUCAAACAAUCGACUGGUAUCCACCUGGAUUCUAG